GCGCGGGGGACCCCGAAGUUCCAGGGGCCGGAGGGGGAAAGGAGUGGGGUGCCCCGAAGUUCUGGGCGCGGAGGCGGCGGGGAGGGUGCGGCGCGCCGAGCCCCGAAGUUGCAGGAUUGGCCGAGGCUGCGCGGGAGCCCAGAAGUUCCGGAGUCCCGGAGGGCGCCACGGGGGCAAGGGGUCCCCGAAGUCCCGCACCCUUCCUUGGAGGAGGUGGCGACGGUGUCCCCGGAGGUCCGGAUUUGGGGUCCGGGAGCAGGGCGGCCCCGAAAUUCCUUUCCCGGCGCCGGGAAGGUGGCAGGGGAACCCGAAGUUCAGGAGUUGGGGACCGCGCGGAGAAUCCCGAAGUUCAGCGUCUGGGGCGGCCGGCGGCCGGCAGGAGGGCGUCCCCGAGCUUCUGCAUCCGGAGCCGGGGCUGUUGUGGGGGCUCUCGGGAGCGGCCCCGGCGGCUCGGCCCCCCCAGCCGGAGCCCCGCGCCUCGGAAGCGCAUGACGAGCCGGACGUAGCGGCAGCCUGGCCUUCCCUCCGCCCGACCCAGCCUGACCAAUGUCCACAGCCAGGGAACAGCCCAUCUUCAGCACGCGGGCACAUGUGUUCCAGAUCGACCCGGCCACCAAGCGGAACUGGGUCCCCGCAUGCAAGCACCCCGUCACCGUCUCCUACUUCUACGAUGCAGCGCGCAGUGUCUACCGCAUCAUUAGCAUCGGAGGCGCCAAGGCCAUCAUCAACAGCACCAUCACCCCCAACAUGACCUUCACCAAAACCUCGCAGAAGUUUGGGCAGUGGGCGGACAGCCGCGCCAACACAGUCUAUGGCCUCGGCUUCGCUUCCGAGCAGCAUCUGACACAGUUUGCUGAGAAAUUCCAGGAGGUGAAGGAGGCCGCCAAGCUAGCCCGCGAGAAGUCUCAGGAUGGUGGGGAGCUCACGAGUCCCGCCCUGGGGCUCCCGGCCCACCAGGUGCCCCCGAGUCCCUUAGUCAGUGCCAAUGGCCCCGGCGACGAGAAGCUGUUCCGCAGCCAGAGCGCAGAUGCCCCGGGCCCUGCGGAGCGCGAGCGCCUCAAGAAGAUGCUGUCUGAGGGCUCGGUGGGCGAGAUGCAGUGGGAGGCCGAAUUCUUCGCGCUGCAGGACAGCAACAACAAGUUGGCGGGCGCCCUACGAGAGGCCAACGCGGCCGCUGCCCAGUGGAGGCAGCAGCUGGAGGCCCAGCGCGCAGAGGCCGAGCGGCUGCGGCAGCGGGUGGCCGAGCUGGAGGCCCAGGUGCCUGCGGAGCCGCCUGCGAGCGAGAAAGAAGGGCCAGGCCAGUCGCUGGAGCAACUGGAAGUGCUGGUGCAGACCAAGGACCAGGAGAUCCAGACGUUGAAGAGCCAAACCGGAGGCUCGCGUGAGACCCCAGACGCCACCGAGCGGGAGGAGAUGCAGCAGAAAAUGCAGGACCUGCAGGCGCGCAGCCUGGAGCUGGAGCACCAGCUGCGGGCCAUGGAGCGGCGGCUGGAGGAGACGCGGGCCGAGCGGGAGCGCGCGCGCGCCGAGGUGGGCCGGGCGGCGCAGCUGCUGGACGUGCGGCUCUUCGAGCUCAGCGAGCUGCGGGAGGGCCUGGCCCGCCUGGCCGAGGGCGCCCCGUGACGGGCGGAAGCUGCCCGCGCCUGCACCGCACCCAGGAGGCUGCGGGGGCUGGUUCUGCGCUUGCUUCCAACGUGCAAUGUCUAAACCCCGGGGCCCAAGGGGCACCCAGAUUACAUUUCUAAG